AUGCCACAGGUGAGCCCGGCAGCAGGCAAUGCUUUGGUCCAUGUGACGGAGUACGCUCAAGCUCAAACGCCAGAGGUGAGCCCUGCAGCUGAGAAUGUGGCAGCAGAGGGUGGCAUUUACUGCGGGCUGCUCUCCGGAGACAAUCAGUUGAAGAAGGAGGCUGCUUCUUUGAUGGCUGUAGACCACGGCAUCCUGCUCAAGCUUGAACAACUGGCAGCGGACAGCAAUUUCUCUCCAGGAAUUUUGCAAGACCUGAAAGUUGUUAUCACACCAGCCAUUCGCAUUCUGUUUCAGGCCUAUGAGGAGGAUGGAUACCACCCAAGGUCUGCAGGGGGCAAACAUAUCCUGCGGGGCUUGUGCCUGACGCUUCCAGACAGCAAACUGGUUGAGGAUAUCCAUGGAGUGUUGAGAAACGGGCGAGGAAACCGGAGGAACCGGAGGCAAACGGUUCAUUCUUUUCAGGAGUUGGUGACACAUUCAGGAGUGCUUGCGACAAGAUCCAUUCAGCACAAAGCCCAUGUGGGCAGAGAUGUCUUCCUACGUUCUUUCCCAAAAACCAGGGACACAAAGAGAAAAAGGAGGUACUUUGCCAGAGUGCACAAGCUCCCGCAAGCUUGGGGUGAUCUUUGUGGCAGGAAAAAGUGGAACACACUCAAUGAGGAGACUUUGCAUCGAGGUGUUGCGGCCUUGAAUUUUCUCAGGAGCUACACUGCUCUUCACUGGGCUGACCUAGGUGUCAGGAUUGCUCAUGGGAGGCUCAGCAAGUUUGCUUCUGAGCUGUGCGUCAUGGAAAAACGGAACAAUGAGAACAUGAGGGUGUACAUUGGCUUUUGUUUAAGCAAUGCUGAAUGGGGUUGCCUGUUUUGGCCGCUCUGUUUCCAUCAGCUUGGUGACUUCCAAGCGUAUACUUUGGAUCCUCAGGGAGAAGUGGAGUGGGUACAUGUGCUGAACCCACAAGAUUGGCAUGUGUGGGAUCACAGUGUGAAAGUGGUCAGUGAGCGAAUCUACCUCACAGUUCAUUCCUCUGCCCCUCUCUUGAAGCACUUUCUUCAAAAUCCGCGAUGCCAAAGCAGUCUGACGAUUGCAGACAUGACACUUGUAUCGGAAGUCUUGGGAAUGGACACUUCGGUGUUUGACCCAAAAAAAUGA